GGUUCCGGCUGCUGGAGGCAUUCAUUCGUACACAAGUUUGAGACAAACAUCGAAUAUAAUGUCCGGAAGAGGAAAAACCGGAGGCAAAGCCAGAGCUAAGGCUAAAACCCGCUCCUCCAGAGCUGGACUCCAGUUCCCCGUGGGUCGUGUCCACAGGCUGCUGCGUAAAGGAAACUAUGCGGAGCGCGUCGGUGCCGGAGCUCCCGUCUACUUGGCGGCUGUUCUAGAGUAUCUGACCGCUGAGAUCCUGGAGUUGGCUGGAAACGCUGCCCGCGACAACAAGAAGACCAGGAUCAUCCCCCGCCACCUGCAGCUGGCUGUCCGCAACGACGAGGAGCUCAACAAGCUGCUGGGCGGAGUCACCAUCGCCCAGGGCGGCGUCCUGCCCAACAUCCAGGCGGUGCUGCUGCCCAAGAAGACGGAGAAACCCGCCGGCAAAGCAAAGUAGACCUGGAUCAGCUGUGAUCCACAAAAACGGCUCUUUUAAGAGCCACGCACACAACCUAAAGAACAAAGCCUUCAUUUACGUACGGCGUAUUUAGAGAUGACACAUUACUUUGAUAUGAGUGAAACUUUGUAAUGUUUUCUUUGAUUGUCAAGUGCUUGGGGACGCAUGAGUCAGUAAGAACAUGAAGCUAAACUCACCACACGUCACCGACUCACUGCUCAAACUCACAAUUGUUAACGUCAGUGAUUUUGAACGCAGUACGUGAAAGCUUACAGUCAAUACAUGAGCAUGUAGAUCUACACCCAAAGACCUCAAAAUAAAUGAUUGGCAGUAGUUCUCAAACUACUGUGAUGAUAAUGUUGUUACUAACAGGUGAAGUGCUAAACUUUACACAGAAUAAUAUGACAUGGUUCCAGUUCAUGUGUGCAUGUGCCUUGCCAGAGUGAGGCAAACACAAAGCACCAGGAAGUAAAGGUAUAACAGCAUAAUGACGUUUAAAUAUCGUGAACUAAUUCAACAUAAACAUUUAACAAAACCAAGUGAAUCAAGAGUUGUAAAAAUAUUGCAGGAUAAGAAACCUUCUGAAAGGAUAAGAGCUGGUUGAUUAGCACAGGGAGGCUCCCUGUCAGGGCCGUGGUAUCUUGGAGCUGCUACGUGAAAACAAAGCAGUGUCCCAUGAUCUACUGCGACGAGGAUGAAACCCAGCAACAUCUCCUAAUUGACUGCUAUCGAGCACAGGAGGUCCGGUUUAGGCUGAAAGGCCUGGGUCCAGACUUUGAAAUAAGUUAUAACUCUGUUCUGUGUGGGAUACUGGAAGAGACAUGGACUCCACAAAAAGCUGAACCAUUCCAGGGGAUCAUCUCCAUGGUUACAACUCGACUUUGGUAAACAAGAUACAUUAUGGUUUUAAAACAGACAGUUAUUGACAAAUGACACUUCAAAAUCUAAGAAGACAUAGAACUGUGGACAAACGCAAAUCUCUCCAUGGCAUUUACUGGACAUGUGAAUAUGCUCUUUUUCUCUUGUUUUAGUCAAAUUCUUAUAAAGUCUGCAAAGUAAUUUAGAUAUCGUGGCAUCCUCACUGUUAAGCGCAUAAUAAUUAUAUUCUAAUGGUUGGUAUUUUUAUUAUGAACAUGAUUGCUGGGAUUAAAGGUGAUUCUACUGCUAUUUGAAAUCAAUGGUAAUAAUAUAUUGUCUUCUAAUUGAAUAUGAUAGCUAUUAUGAUGUUGAUGAGUAUGUGAUAUUGUACUGAUAAUGAGCAUUUUUAUUUAUUGAAUUGUUUACUUUUGUUUGGAAAUUUUUUGUAUUAAUUUUGUUAUUUCAAUAAAGUUGUAUAAAGCAAACCCAAAAGGACAAGCAGACAUAAAGUGUG